UAAACAAAAUUUCUUCAGUACAUAAGUCAAUAAAUAUUAUUUAAAGAAAUGACCUUAAAAAUGAUAGUUCCACAGACAAACCGAUGAAUAAAAUAUUAGAUGACCGUAAAUAAUCCUGAAAAACCUGCUAUUAGUAUUAUACAUUAGAUUUACGACUGACAGUUUUUAAAAGAAUGCGACGCAAACAAGCCUCCCUGUUCAACCAAUCAGCGAUCAGGAUAUAGCAUUACUGAUUUUCACGCGCUUAUAUUUAAGCAAGGUAUGUUUCCGAUUACAAACCACGAAAAAGAAACCAUUAACUAACUCGCUCUAACUUUCCGCAAGUAUUCAAAAUGACUACAUAUACAGAUAAAGGUCCCAAGCCUUUAGGAGGAAAAUUCUUGUGCUUCGAUCACCUCAAAUUCUGGGUUGGAAAUGCAAAACAGGCAGCCAGUUAUUACUGCACUAGAUUGGGUUUUGAACCUUUGGCUUAUCGUGGUUUAGAGACUUGUUCCAGGCGCGUGGCGUCACACGUCGUUAAACAAAAUCAGAUUAUUUUUGUAUUUGAAUCAGCUUAUGAACCUGAUGAUGAAGAAAUGGCAAACCAUCUUUCCCGACAUGGAGAUGGUGUUCGUGAUAUUGCUUUUAAUGUGGAGGACAUAGACAUCAUUGUAAAAAUCGCAAGAGAAAGAGGUGCCAUAAUAGUAAAAGACAUAUGGGAAGAAAAUGACGAAUAUGGUAUUGUAAAAUUUGCUACUAUAAGUACCUACGGAGAUACAUAUCAUACGCUAAUAGACAGAUCCAAGUAUAAUGGUCUCUUUUUGCCAGGAUUUCAAAAGCUAUCAGAAGACUCAUUUUUAAAGACUUUACCAAAAGUAGGAUUGAAUUUUGUUGACCAUAUUGUUGGCAAUCAAUCUGACAAACAAAUGGAACCUGUUGCAAAAUGGUAUGAACGAUGUUUGCAAUUUCAUCGAUUCUGGUCAGUAGACGAUUCUCAAUUACACACAGAAUAUUCAGCUCUGCGUUCCAUUGUCAUGACGAAUUGGGAAGAAACAGUGAAACUGCCUAUUAAUGAACCUGCCCCUGGCAAAAAGCGUUCUCAAAUCCAAGAAUAUGUUGAAUAUUAUGGGGGAGCAGGAGUGCAACAUAUUGCUCUUAAUACAAAUAACAUAAUUACAGCUAUACAAAAUCUGCAAACUAGAGGGGUAGAGUUCCUAGAUGUUCCAGACACUUACUAUGAUAUGUUAAGAAACCGUCUGAAAACCAGUGGUGUACAAAUUUUAGAAGAUGUCAAUAUACUUCAAAAAUUAAAAAUUUUAAUCGAUUAUGAUGAAAAUGGAUAUCUUUUACAAAUAUUUACUAAAAAUAUGCAAGAUCGUCCAACUCUUUUUAUAGAAAUCAUUCAAAGGCAUAAUCACAAUGGAUUUGGAGCUGGAAACUUCCAAGCGCUAUUUCAAGCUAUUGAAAUGGAGCAAGCUAAACGUGGCAAUUUAUAAAAUUUAUAUUUUUAAUACUUAUGUCAACUAAGAUAAAAUACAAUUAUAUAUAGCAGCUUGUUUUUUAAAAAUCAUGCUUUUCAUCUUCAUUACAUUAAAAUUUUUUUAUACUGCAAGUUGUAAAAUAGAAACUACCAUCAUGUUAUUAAUUCCAGAUAUUGUAUUUAAUGGUCAACAUUUGUUUUACAAAAAUACAUGUAGUAUGAGGGAAUAAAAUAUGUAACAAUACAAUUUAAAAAGUAAUAAUCAAUCAUUAAAAUUGAAUAUUAUACGCUGCUAUAUUAUAUUGUGAUAUUAUGUUAUUAACAUAUAAGCAACAAUAGGUAUAUUUAGAAAAAGAGGAAAACAAGAAAAUUAUUAAACUGUAUUUAUUUUUAA